AUGGGGCCCACCGACGAGUAUAAGCAGAUUGAUGCAAAAGACAUCGGUCUAGACCGAUCAAAUAUCACUGCUGAUGGCCAGAUUGAACUUCCGGAUACGACUACGCGCAAGUCUGAUGAUGAGGUCGCUCGUGACGUAGCCCGCCUACAACGAGAGCCAGAAUCAGGUGUAUCGACCCACAGUACGGUGGAAAAGAUAAAAGAGAAGAAACAUCGAGCUGGCGUUAAAAUCAGGGAAAAAUUACAUAUGAGCAAGGCUUCUGAUGAUCUUGAACCAACACCGUCAGCACCCAUUCUGGCGAACAACCCGGACGAGCCAAGCCAUUCACGGCUGGAUGAUGCCGAUGCCAAAGGAGAGUCCCAUAAUCUCAGAGACCUAACGCACGAUCCUGUCGAUACCAUCAAAUCAAAAGUCUCCAGGCAGGGGGAGAGCGAGGUCGCUGCAAACAUUGCGGCGAAGGAGGUACCUCAUGGUCAAGAUGUUGAUCUUGUCAAUGCAGCGAGCGAGUUGGACCACGCGAGUUCCGAGAAAGAGAAGAUGCUUGCGACUCAGAACAUCACCGAGUUACUCAAAUUACGGCAGAGUACUUUUGUGCGAUGGACUCUGGAUCGACAUGUAACAAAGGUCAGGAAACUGCCCCGAGAUACUAUACAGAGGAAACCGAGAGCGGCUUUCGAACGUAAGAAUGAGCAGGGAGGAGUAGACGUCGAUUGGAAAGCGUACGGUUAUCAUAUGUAUGGCGGACAGUAUAUUGGCUACGGAUCUGACCCACCGGCCCCGUCCAAACAAACUAUCCUACCAAACAUCGAACGGCUGCUGGUUGCUACUUCACCCCUCCAAGAGCUUAUCAUGACCACUCGACGUGUCUAUCGUUGGGAAUAUCCCGCCGAGACAGCAAAGUAUUUGGGCAUCUACAUUGUGUUGUGGUACUUCAAUCUCCUACUACCGGGAAUGCUUUCAUGGCUCGUUUACAUAGUAGCAGAGCGUAAAAUCCAUGGCGUAAGUAUCGAAGAUCUUCGUGAAGAUGUUAAGCAUACCGAAGACCAGCGACGAACAGCUCUAUCCAUCACCGAGUUCAUCGAGAAGAAGGGAGAUGAGCACUGGGCCGAUAAUAUUCUCCAAGAACUUGGUCCAUGGCUCAUGAUACAACUAGCAGACGCAGCCAACUUCUUUGAAACCAUACGCAAUUUCUACGAAUGGCGUAAACCGUACCGCACAGGCGCUGCCCUUUGUCUCCUCAGCAUCGGCGUCAUCAUCACUACCUUCUUGCCCCUCUGGCUUCUAGUCAAAUUCCUCACCUUCAGCAUGGGCUUCACCUUCUUCGCCCUCUUCCCCCUCUCCGUCAACUUCCCCGAAUACCGCCUCCUCGUGUCGCCAACCAAACGCUUCCUCUGGAACAUCCCAACGCACGCAGAAUGGGCCAUCCAAUAUCUCCAAGCCGAGGGCACGCGUGUAGAAACUACCGCCACGCCCGCGCCCACAGCUCUCCCUCUGCGCACGCAAAUCGAUGCCGCAACCGCAGACGACUACGGAUUCUACAAUGCAUAUCAUGACAAGACGGCUGGGCACUUGGUGAUUAGUACAAAGUCGGUGCGCUUUGUGAGUAGGCAUCCACACAGCGUGCAUUUCACCAUUCCGUACGACCAUAUCCAGGUGCUGGAGAAGGUGGAUCGAGUUGUGAAGAAAAAGGUACCAGAUAAGCUGUCGAGUGAUAGUGGCAAGGAUUUGAAGAUUGUGGAUAUCUUGGGGAGGGAGACGGUGUUGAGAAAUUUGGAUCAGAGGGAUGAGGCGUGGUCGCAGAUUGUGGGGUUCAGUAGGGUGAAUUGGCAGGUCAUGUGGUAG